AUGACAUCCGUGCAUGCCUAUUACGAACAGGCCGAGGUUUACAACUGGCUCGAUGCCAUUUCCGGGGACAACGGAAGCAUCGACCCAAGGACACUCGAAGUCCACCAGGUGGUCACCACCCACCACAACACCCACCACCCGGACCAACCAUCUCAGUCCGAACAACACCAAUCACCCCAGUCAUCACACCGUUCCUCUCUCGACCUAGGAGCUCUAGCUCCACUAAAGCUGGAGCAUGAACCUCCAGCGACGAGACUCCUCGGCAAGUCAUCUCUUCAUCGGCUGUACGAUCGAAUCGGCCAACACGACCCACGGCAGACAUUCACCGAGUUCCGCAACGAAGUAGACUCGGCAUCUCUAGCCACGACUGACACCGACUCGGAGUACGAAAGCUGUUUGCUCCCAUUCUGUGGAGCCCUACCACCACAGUCCGGAGAAUCCUCUGCAACCGCCUCUACUUCUCCAUCACUGUCCCCCUCUCCGCCUACCAACCACGAACCCCAGUGGUUGCCUCUUGUGGUUGCACGAGUUGUAUCGAGCAAGGCCCUCAAAGCAUAUCGGGCCUUGAAGAAGAAGUUUUCUCGGUGA